CAACUGACAGCAAAAUGUUUACACUGAGAACUGCUCCUCAUCACUAUCCGGAGUGUUAUUGGGAUCGACGACCAUCAACUUGCAGACAAGCCUUCAAUCCCGGGCACCUGUCUCGGCGCUCCUCCUACAAGGACAAUCGUCCUUUACCUGAAUUGACGGAUAUCCUACUGCCUCUCUUGUCAGCUUUGACAGGUCAUACAUCUCACAAUAAACGCAGACAACCCGAAAAUCCGAGGACCAAGAAAUGGGUACAGAAACUGAAUCUAAGAGGGUAUGAGGCUGAUGACGUCACGAUUACCACCAAGGAGGGACGAGCCCUAAUCAAAGCCCGUCGAGUGGACGGAGAUGAGAACUGUUCGGAUGUUUACGAGAGCAACAGGGUCAUUUCUAUACCUGAAGGUGUUGACAUCAGUUCCAUGAAAAGUCGCUUUACACACGAUGGCCUGCUUACUAUAGAAGCAAAUGUCAUGCCUGUGAACGAAAAUAAGGCGUUUCGGGAAGUGCCUGUAGAAAUUGGAGCGGAAAAACCAAAGUCCGAAGUAACUUUAGAAGGACAGGUUUCCACCACAGGGGAAAAGGAUGAUUUUGUCAAAUCUGAGAAGAUGGAAGAGGUCCGUGUAAUAGAUGGCUCCAUCGAUGAUAUCAAUGGAGAAACUGGACCAGAAGGAAUCGUCGAUAACCCCGAGAGCAUUGAUAGUUUUAUUGAUGGAGAGGACUUUGAGUUUGUUGAAUCAAAGCGGAAAGAUAGAGAGUGUGAUGAAGUCGUUGAUGAAUCUAACAUCCUGAUCCAACAUGAGCAGUCUCUAAUGAAAAACGAAGAAUAUUCAGAUUUGAGUUCUGAUCAGGGACAGGAGACACGUGAUGAUGAUUUAGAUGUAUGUGAAGAAAGCAGAAAAAUAGUAAGAGACGAGAAACAGAAAACGUUUACACUCUCCUUCAACAAAGACCAGUUCGGUGGCGAUGGCGUCCAAGUGCUACACAAGGGUAACUCCAUAAUGGUGAAAUCCCAGAAGAAGGAGUGUGAGGAUGGAGUAUCACGAUCUGAGUAUUAUUCUACACAGUACACAUUACCGGACAAUGUUGAUGUCAGCAAACUCUCGUGUUCAAAGAGAUCUGAUGGACAGCUUCUUGUCACAGCUCCAUAUAAGGAGAAUGAAUUGUGAUGUAGUAAUAGCAAAAGACACGUUAAUUAAUGUUAAGAACGAAUUUGUAUUAUUUACAGUGACAAUAAUGCACGUCAGUGUGUGUCAUUAAAAGCAAUUUUGAAUUUUGAAAUAAUUAUCA